AUGGGAAAGCGCCUCCAAAACGCUACUUCCUCCGGCGGCGAGAUUCCGCCGGAAAAGCGGAUCCGCCGGAGCAAAACCAUUUGCUCUUGCAACUCUCCUCGCCCUCCGUUUCUCUCUGCUCACUCCACUUUCUCCUGGUUCGAAGAAGACAUUUGGACAGAGAUUGCUAAGUUUCUGGAUGGAAAAUCUCUGGUGAUGCUGGCAGCCACAAGCCGAUGGUUCCGCCGUGCUAUUAUGGAUGACGGCAUAUGGAAGUUCGUGUGUCUGCGUGAUCUUCAGGUCCCACCCCCGGAAUGCGUGGCAUUCAGAUGGUGCAAGCUGUACACGUCAACCUUUGAUGGAAGCCACUCCUACAUGUUCCGUCAACAAGAGAAACACAUUGAUUGGAUGCGUAUUGGCGCCUUUUCUUUUGAUUCUUCUGUAGCCGUCCUGGCAGAGAGACUGAUUCUUCCGGGGAAGAUACGGAAUGGAGAAACCAUGGAAAAGAUGUUGCGGUCUCAAGGUUGUUGCGUGCUAGACAAUGUUAAAACUGGAAUCUGGAUAGCUGACCUGCAGCUUGUAAGAUGCCCGGUUUGUGACCUCAAUACUUGCGAUGGAACAAUGCAGACUUUAGAUGCAAGGCACAUAGAGCUAUUCCUCUGCGAAGGCUUCCAAAAUGGGAGCUGGGAUUACCAGCUUGUAGGAUCUCGUGAUAUAAAAAAACGAGCAGAUGGGGCUGCUGGCGCCAUUUUUGACAUGAAACACCUAAAGGAUUCUUCAACUUCGGCUGUAUUUGAUUACAAGUCAUGGAUUGGGAGAGCAAAUGACUGGCAACCCAAGGCAAUGAUUGCUUUCCAUGCCGUAGCUGUGAACACUAAUUUACAAGAAAAUGAAGGUCUCCAUGUGAAAUACCAUGCUAUGAGGGCAGGAGCCGAUGGAGAAGUUGUUUCUAUUAGAAUCUCUCAACAGCUCCUGUGAUUCAACUCUAACCUUUCUUUGAGAAGGGUAGUUCUUUCCUAGCUUUUAAAAUUUCUCCUUGGCAUUAUUAUACAAGAAUACACUCUUGGACUCGAAAACAAUUAUUCCUAUAAUUCAUUAAUUUCCUACAUGUAGCUCUGGUUUAAACAUUGAAAGCCAAUGACAAAUAAUACUAGUAUUUCCGAAUGAAAACUUGCAAAUUGGUGAUGACCAAGCAUUUUUUUUCUAUGCAAGUAUAGAAAGUAUUCUAUAGAUCUUGAUGCAUCUGCUUCCGUGAAAUUAAAUGAUUUGUGCCGUGUGCUGGAAACAAACUAAUGAA